AGAUCACGGGCCAAGAAGCUGUUAAUCUUCAGCCCGAGCCCGUGUUAUCCUCCUCCGCUGUCUCCGACCACAUCCCUUCUCCGCCGCCGCCGGAGAAUCUUUUGCCACGUGUUCUUGAGCAGGAUCCGUUGGAUGAUCUGGUGGAUGACUACGAUAUGUCCUUACCUCAUAUGUCGGCAGGUUUCUCCGGGUUCUUCUCUAAUGGGUUUUACAAUGUCAAUGACUGUGGAAAAAUCGAUUCUGUAUAUAUGUUAACUAUAGGGUUAAUUUCCUCUUUGCAUGUUCGAAUUAUGGAUGGGAAAAAGAUUGCUUUAGAAACUAAUGAUUAUGAUUUUGGAUUGAGUACACAAGAUAUGGAAAACAUGUCCCAAGAUACAUUUGUACAUGGUUUUGAUCUUUCUCAAGUCAAAGUCGAAAAACCAAGGAAAUCAAGAUCAAGAAAGACGUCCACACUUAACUUACGUGAUGAGCAGAUACAUCGAACCAGAGAAGCAUCACCGGAUGCCGCAUUGGUGUAUAUCCGUGAAGAGGAUUGGGAAAAAGUAAGAAAUUGGUCAACUUCUGCCACACCGCUACAGAUUGGACCUGCGAAAUUAGAUAGUGAGAUGGCUGCUCAUCUUAUAACUAAAACCGAGUGGCUUGCUAACUCGGUAAACCUAUAG